GUUUGAUCUUGCAAAACCGAUCAUAUUGAAACGUUUUAUGAUCUAUUGAAACUUAUAUGUUACAAAAGACUAAUAAUAUUUGCGAUCUAUAUAUUUCUAUAAGAUAUUAUUAGUUCACCAGUAAGCGUUUCCCACGUAGAAAAGCGAUAAUGUCUUAACUGUUAAAGUAAUGCUUCCUGCUUUUUUUUGGAUAUAACCUUUUUCAUAUGAACUUCCCGUUUCCCUAAUUUCCCCUUCCAUUCUCCUCUUCAUCAUUUCACUAGAAUCGCCUACAGAUCUAUUUAAUUUCAGUCUAAGAAAUGGGUGAUAAGUACAAUAUGAAGAAUCCGUCGGUGAAGAGGAUUUUACAGGAGGUGAAAGAAAUGCAAUCGAAUCCAUCUGAUGAUUUCACGAGCCUUCCUCUUGAGGAAAAUAUAUUUGAAUGGCAGUUUGCAAUAAGGGGACCAAACGAUACCGAAUUUGAAGGAGGAAUUUAUCACGGCAGAAUUCAAUUGCCUUCUGAAUACCCAUUCAAACCACCAUCAUUUAUGUUGUUGACGCCAAAUGGACGUUUUGAAACUCAAACCAAGAUUUGCUUAAGCAUAUCAAAUCAUCACCCUGAGCAUUGGCAGCCAUCAUGGAGUGUUAGGACUGCUUUAACAGCGCUUAUAGCAUUUAUGCCUACAAGCCCAAAUGGAGCUUUAGGAUCAUUGGAUUACAAAAAAGAAGAAAGGCGUCUUCUCGCACUUAAAUCUCGUGAAAGCGCCCCUAAAUAUGGUACUCCAGAUCGUCAAAGGCUCAUUGAUGAGAUUCAUGAAUAUAUGAUCAGCAAAGCACCACCGGUCCCUCAGCAGACCUCUCAAGAUGCUAUUGCUUCAGAACAACCACCACCACCUGCCGCCACAGAAUCCGCCGGUGAAGCUCCGGAGACUUCUCAAAACACCACCACGGAGAUCACCGAAGAUGAAAAUGAAGAAAACCAUGAGGCUAACACGGAAGCGGAAGACCCUAGGGUAUCAAAACAUGCUGUACCUUCUGCAUCGUCUGUUGUACACACGGUGGAAACACGGCGGCCUGAGGUGGUGAGGGUUCAGAAAAGCUCCGAUGACCGCCUGUUCACGUGGGCGGCAGUUGGGCUGACUGUUGCUAUUUUGGUGCUUCUUUUGAAGAAGUAUAUGAAAGCUAGCGGAUAUGGUGCGGUUUUUGUUGAUGAAUCAUGAAAUAUUAAUAAUAAUUAAAUCUCUGAUUCAUGAUUAUUACUCUGUGUGUUGCCAUUUAUGAUAUAUGGUAUAAUUACAGGAGAUUUAAUAAUAAUAAUAAUAAUAGUAUGUAUAUGAGAAAAUGAAUGAUUUAGUAUAGUGAGAAAUGGAAUCGAUGGAUAUGAGGUGUAAUGUUUUAUUGAGUUGUACCUUAUGCAGUGGAAGUUGUAUUGGAAUCGGUAAAAUAUUUUGUAUAGAAUAUGGCAUGCCUUAUGGAAAGUUUCUUAUGGAAGGAGUUGAUCGAAUUGCAUUAGAUCAUGUUUUUAAAUUUUAAUGAUUCAAAAUAUGCACUUUUCUUUAUAGUUAUUAGAGAGUGAUCCUUAAAGUCCC